UGUUUCCUUCAUUUUCGCAGGUGACGUUUGGCCGUUGUGAAUCGUAUUUUGAAGCAUGUGAAAAGUGUCGGUGGCCCAUGUUGAGCAAGAACACCGCCAUCGAAAGUGUUUCCUCCCACCGAGUCGGUAGUGAACCAAGGACUAAAGGACAAGGAACUCCCCAGUGGCGGUGUCGAUUCGAUCGAUGGAUUCAGAAGCAGGGAAAUCCGCGUCUGACAAGCCGUCGGAGGAGAAGAACGAUACGGACAGCUUUUGUAAAGAUGCAUUUUUGAAGCUGAUGACGUUGACGAAGGAUGCCAGAGGCAUUCCCAGCCCCGGACAAGAGUGGACCUACUACUCGAGCUUCGUCGGGGUUCGAAAGGUCGUCGCCUCCGAGAAGAAGAGAGUCCUCGACCUGAUCAUGAAGUUGAUGGAGCAGCAGGGUACGGGGAAACCGAACAUGUGGAAAAAGGACAUCGAGGAACAAUUCGACAUCGUGGUGGACGGAAACGAUACGUCUCUGGAAAGAAUUAACAACAACCUGGACGAAGCAAAUGGGAUCCGGAAGGCUCCCGACACGGUGUUGCUGUCGCUUCCUGUGAACACAACUGACAAAACCCCUUCAAAAGCACCAUGGAACCAGGAAAAGGCUGGAGAGGGAAAGAGUCCAUCAGUUUUUAGGCUCCUGGCUGCCAAGAACAUCAUACGCCCUCAGCUCAGCUUCAAGGAGAAGAUCGACAAUUCUGGGCGUCCUUUUGUGCCCAUCCUGAAGGACAAACCCAAUUCCUUAAAGCCACUUGCCUUGAUUCCUCAAAUAAUUGAUGGCGAAGAUGUGUACGAUCACCCGUACGAGUGGGAAUUGGAGAGGUUCCAACCGACUCCCAAACAGUUGGAGAGCGUCACACCUCAGAGUCCCCCGGAUCUGGAGGAGACGCCGUACGAACUCCUCGAUGAGGCAUCUCAGCUCCCCCAACUCAUCGAGGAACUCCGAAAAUGCACCGAAAUUGCUGUUGAUGUUGAGCAUCACUCAUAUCGCACAUUCCAAGGCUUGACAUGCCUGAUUCAAAUAUCGACACGUACCAAGGACUACCUCAUUGAUGCCCUGGCUCUUCGCUAUGACCUUCAGUGCUUAAAUGAAGUGUUCACUCACCCCAAGAUUGUCAAGGUAUUUCAUGGAGCAAACCAGGACAUCAUUUGGCUCCAGCGGGAUCUCGGAGUGUACGUCGUGAACAUGUUCGACACGUUUGUGGCUGCCACGAUCCUCGGACUCCAGCAAAAGUCCUUGGCAUUUCUUCUCAACAUGUACUGCAAAGUAGAUCCAAACAAGCACUUCCAGUUGGCCGAUUGGAGAAUACGUCCCCUUCCUGAUCCAAUGGUGAAAUAUGCAAGAGAAGAUACUCAUUACCUACUGAAUGUCUAUGACCAAAUGAAAAAUGAACUCCUACAGAAAGGGAAUGCGCAGAAGAAUCUGAUCCAUUCUGUCAUUUCCCAGAGUCGUGACGUCUGCCUUACGGUGUACAGAAAGCCCAAGUUUGCCGAGACAUCAUACAUGGAGUUGUACAAGCGCAGCCGGAAGUUCUUCAACGCCAGACAGCUGUAUGCCCUCCAGGAGCUUUUCAGAUGGAGAGAUAAGGUCGCCCGGGAAGAAGACGAAAGCAUUGGGUAUGUGCUGCCGAACCACAUGCUGCUUGGAAUUUCAGAAACACUACCCAGAGAAAUGCAGGGAAUCUUGGCAUGUUGCAAUCCCAUUCCGCCUUUGGUCCGCUCCCACCUUCUCACUCUGCAUCACAUCAUUCUCAAAGCCAGGGAGCAGUCGCUCGUCACCGUGGAUAAGGAUGAGGAUCUGCAGGUGACCGAGUCUCGUCCGUUACUGGACAUGAAUAACGAAAUGUAUUGCCCGCAUGACUUGUCAAAGGACCCUGUGGAUGGACCAUGCCUCAUGGAAUUUUCUGAAGGUGGCACCAUCUUUAUCAAACCAGUAAAGGUCAAACCUCUCACCAUCAAGCUCAAGGAACCCACAAUACAUUUUGGGAGUCAGAUUGGGCCCUUGAGGCAAAAGAGGUCAGAGAGGAGGCACUAUCUCACUCCCUACGAGCGAUAUUGCCACGUCCUGCCCCUGCGGGAAGUUCUCGAACAGGCUCCACAGACAACUGGAGAAGAGCGUGUGAGACAGGUGAGCCUUGCAAUAUAUGACUGA